AUUGGUGGGGUUGUGUUAUUGCGAAUUGCAAGUGACAUUAGAAUGGUCCAUUACACCUUAUUUAUGUUUGUGUCUUGUGUCCAUUUAAAAUAUGCAAAAAUGUGAAUUAAAACUUUAGUAUAGUAUGAUUCGUUGUGCCAAAACAGUCGUAAUAGUUUUAUUUGUUUUUGUUUGUUGUACGUACGUCGUGUCUUUAUUUUUCUCGUUUAAUAGUAAUUUUUUAUCUUCCGAUUCGGUAGAAGUGGAAAGCUGGCUAAAACAAAAUAAUUUGGAGAAAUAUAUAGAAUUAUUUAGACAAAAAGGUAUAUCCCAGCUAGCCCAGUGCGGUCAGCUAGGGGAAUUACCCGAGCUUCCAGCUCCAGAUGAACAGCGUCUCCAGAGAGCAGCACUAGUUUUGCAACAGAGAUUGGUCCUCAGACAGUGGCUUUACAAAUACAAUUUACAUUCCUACUAUCCAAAAUUGUUACCCGUCGAGGUUACUUCUCUUGAAGACGUCUAUUGGCUAGAAGAUACCAAAGCCAAACAGGUAUUUAGCAAGGAUUUUCCAAAGUGGUCCUCUGCUAGGCAGUCAUUACCGAUUUCGAAGCAACGCUUGGACGUACUUAAAGCAGAUCUUUGGUCUGAAGUUGUCAAAAGUAGCCACCAUCAAGACGCCUGGACAUGGGGAGGAAUGCUGGUGGUAUCCGUAUCUGUUGCCGGAUUGGUCACUUUGGCUGCUAUGACCCAACCCUCUCUAGCACCAGAAGCAAAACAUUCUUUACUGCAAUAUGUUACUGGAAAAUACCUCUUACCCUCUAACUGUAAGGUAAAUUUUCAAUGGUCAUGUCCCCAUCCGGUGGGCCAAACAGUUUGUUUUACUGUGCAAUUUUACCAGCGUAACGGACAGCCUUAUCCAAUCUGUGAUACUGAUAAUUUUACUGUUGAUGUUUGCGGAGGAGCAAGAAAGUUAGCCGUUAUUACGGAACUGGGUUCUCCGACAGACCCGAAUAGCGCCAACGUGGCCAAAGUGAAAUUUACCGUCCGACAUGCUGGCCAGUAUCGAAUAUCCGUUAUGGUGGGCACUCAGCACGUGGCCGGCAGUCCAUUUACCACGAUUUUCGUAGCCGGACCUGCGUUCGCCCAACGCACCAUGGUUGUGAGACACUGCAGUACCAUAGUUUGUACUGCUAACGUAGCACAUUUGCUGUACAUCGAACCUAGGGAUGAAUAUAGCAAUAUUUGUCGGUAUGCUUCCGGGGAUAAUCCCACAGAGGGUUACACUGUAGACAUCGUACAACUAGGCAGCCAAUCGCACGAUUCGGAAUUAGACAUAGACAAAGAAAACUUUACAACUUGCUUAGAUUACGAUUGGGAAACGCAACGAGUCAGCGUACAACUAAAAUUCGUUCGAGAAGGUUGCUAUCACGCUACCAUUUAUUACCACGGCACCGAAUUGCAUAACGGAGACUUCGAUAUUAUCGUAUUAAAUAGUGUAGAUUCUACUCUAGUCCAUAAAAACGUAGCUUCGAAAAAUCACAAUAUUUGUUACGAUGCAAAAUUGGUCGGUAUUCAUGGAGAACGGACGCCGAAACCGAAAAAAGUUUUAUGUUACGUUUCGCCGAAACAGUUGAUAAUCAAAGAACUUAUUUUAAAAUUUAUACCAAAGAGACUGUUUACUUUUAGAUUAUGCCCAUCAACGAAGUUUAAUUUCCAUGCCGAUACUCUCAAAUUCAGCGAAUUUUACUGUAGUUCCUUUACGGUAGACGACGGUUGUCAACCGAAAAUCGAACUCGUCUCCAAAGACAGAAACGUGAUAGCCGCCACGUUCGCGCAAUUCCUUUUGAAAAACAUGGGCGGCUCGGAGACGUUCAAAGACAAACAGGACUUUUUCUAUCACGAAGUCAGAAAGUUCCAUCAAAAGCACUACCACGAAAAACUGUCGAUGAAAGUCACCAGAGAGAAGCUGUUGGAGUCCAGCAUGAAGGCGACGAAGAAUUUCUCCGUGUCGGAUUGGUGUAGAAAUUUUGAGGUUAACUUCCAGGGAGAGCAAGGCAUAGACUGGGGUGGGCUUCGAAGAGAAUGGUUCGAGUUGAUAUGCGAGCAGUUAUUCGACGCCAAAAACAGUCUGUUUGCUAGCUUUCACGAAGGGCAACAGUCGCUCGUGCAUCCAAAUCCAGCCAGAAAUGCGCAUUUGAAGUUGAAACAUUACGAAUUUGCUGGCAAAGUCGUGGGAAAGUGCCUCUACGAAAGCGCUCUCGGUGGUUCUUACAGGCAGUUGGUUAGAGCUAGAUUUACUCGCUCUUUUUUAGCGCAAGUUAUCGGACUUCGGGUUCAUUAUAAGUACUUUGAACAAGACGACCCGGACCUGUACCUGUCCAAGAUAAAAUACCUUUUAGAAAAUAACAUCGACGAAAUAGAAACGGAAUUGUUUUUCGUAGAAGAGCAAUACGACACCAACGGCCAACUAGUCAAGAACGUCGAACUGAUUCCGAACGGUUCUAGAAUCAGAGUCGCUAAUAGUACAAAGUUGCAAUAUUUGGACGCUUUAGCCCAGUAUAGGUUAGCUACUAGUAUAAAGGACGAAAUGGAGGCCUUCCUGAGGGGCUUGAACGAGCUAAUUCCCGACAAUCUGCUCAGUAUUUUCGAUGAGAAUGAACUAGAACUGUUACUCUGCGGUACUGGCCAGUACAGCAUCGCCGAUUUCAAAGCGCACCACGUCGUCAACGGGAAUUCGACGGAAUUCCGCAGGAUCGUCGGCUGGUUUUGGGCGGCGGUGGGCAAUUUCACCCAAGAAGAAAUGGCCAGGUUAUUGCAGUUCACGACGGGAUGUUCUCAGCUACCUCCCGGCGGGUUUAGGGAGCUGACGCCGAGAUUUCAGAUUACCGCCGCUCCCACGUUCGGGAAUUUACCCACCGCGCAUACAUGUUUCAACCAACUUUGUUUGCCCGACUACGACUGCUACGAGCAUUUCGAAAAAUCCCUUUUAUUGGCGAUAAGCGAGGGAACCGAAGGUUUCGGAAUGGUUUGACCACAACUGUGAUUUAUUUACGCUUUCAGUAUUUAUUUUAAUGUGAAUUUUCCACGUAAGAACAAGUAUUCUUUUUCAUUUUUCUACAGUAAUAGUAGCUUUAAGGUUUUUAUUUAAUCUUUAGAAGUUUAAUGUUCAUAAAUUUGUUUUUUGCGUUUGAUGUUUACUUAAAAGAAAUUUUAUGAAAAUAUAUUAAAUUGACUACCCAGUUUGUUUUAUAUAUAAAAGAAAAGCACAAAAAUAUACAGUAUCGAUAGAAAGUCUAAAAAUAAUAGUUAUGCUAGAUUUAAUUCUAUUUUGAAACGAUCCUGUAUAUGAUAAAUUAUUGAACUGAAAAAUAAAAUAAAUUUUCUAUUUAUACAGCGUAG